GCGGGUGGGUCCCUUCGCCGGCGUCACGCACGCGACUCCAGAUCCCCAAUUCGGACAGGACAGACACCUGCUCCGCGAGCCAUCAUGGCCGGCCGCCGCGAAGGCGAGCGCCAGGCGAGCCCGUGGCCGUCCGGGACGGCCGCGGUGGAGGACUCGGGCGCCUUCCCCUCCGCCAUCAUCUUCUUCGCCCUCGUCGGCGCCACCGGCACCACCGCCGCCGUCGGACAACUGCGCCGGACGGUCAGCUGGCUCUACACUCAGCUUCGUAGGUCCGAACCGUAUGUAUUCUGGGAAGACAUACCUCGUCGUCGACCAAAUCAGCGUGGUGAAGCCUGGGAACGGUAUCACCAGAGGAUGCGUGAAAGGGCUGAGGAUCAAAGGGAAAGAGUGGAACGCAUACGGCGCAUGCAAGAUGUAUUUGAAAAGGAGAGAUGUAAAUGCCGGGAUUAUCGGACUUGGGAAAGCCAUAAUCCCAACUAUUAUCAGCAUCAUCAAAGAGCUGACUGGUACUGGAAUGCAGAAACAUUUUAUGCGAAUCAAAGGACAAAUUUCAGGGCGAUGCCCAGGGAAGCUAUGAGUUACACUAUGUUACAUCACUAUUCUGUUUUGGGCCUUGACAGGUCAAGAUCAGAGCCAUUUUCAGAUGCUGAAAUCAAGAAUGCUUUCAGGAGAAAAGCAAUGGAGUAUCAUCCAGAUCAAAACCAAAAUAAUAAAGAGGUUGCUGAGGCAAAAUUCAAAGAGGUUAUGGAUUCUUAUGAAGCAAUAAAACUAGAACGGCGAAACAGAAGUUGCUGAAUGUUCUCACGAUUUUUGGGUGCUGGGAGGGACUGUUGUAUAUACAGCAUUUGAUAUGGGAGAAACUAGAUGUAAGGUAUAAAACUAGAACGACGAAACAGAAGAUGCAGAUUCAGACACUGUUGUCUUUGAUAACCCACUAUUUUCUUCGGUAACCCUUUGAUAAAACUACACAGAGCAGAGUAGUUCCUGCUGGCAGAAGACAGAACUUCAGCGUGAUGCAAUUAAUUUCCUGACAUUUUCCUUUUUUUUUGUAUUUUUCAUGUUAUUAUGGUUAACGGUAGCAAAUUUGCAUUGGAUAUCAAUAAGAUUAUACUGGUGCAUUUGUUACUGGUUAA